AUGAAGAAAGAAAGAAGAAAGAAUGGAAAGAAAAAGUUACCUCAACUUGGGAAACAUGUAUCAGCUACUGGAGCAUGUGGUACACUAACAGGUCUAAGAUAUAGUCUACGAGAAUCGUCAACAUCACAAACUUUUAGUAUUGAUGAACAACGUGGAAAAAUUUGUGUAAUUAAUCCAUUGGAUUAUGAAGUUGCUGCCAAAUAUCAGUUAAUUGUUGUUGCAAACGAUCAAAAUGGUCAAGUAGGUUAUUCAAUAGUAAAUUUCCACGUUGAAGAUGUUAACGAUAAUACGCCAGUCUUUUCUCCAUCUGAUUACUAUGUUGCUGUUAGGAAAAAUAUUGAAGCUGGAAGCUUGGUACUACUAUUGUCAGCAACUGAUGCUGAUCAAGGUGCCUACGGCCAGAUUGUAUUCCUUAUUGCUGACGGCGCUAAUGACGACUUCUAUAUAGAAUCAAACACCGGUUAUCUGUAUGUAAAAAGACCGCUAACAAGGGAAAAGUAUGACAUUUCUGUACAAGCCAAGGAUGGUGGAGGUCUUUACAGCGAUGAAAAGGCUCAUAUUUAUGUCACAGUUGUCAGUCCAACAGUGCCGGUACCUCAGUUUACUUCAAGCCUUUAUAAACUUGUUGUUUCUGAAGAUGUCCUGCCUGGAAUAGCAAUAGGAAAUAUUGAAGCAGCAGGUCCAUACCCUAUAAGGUACAGCAUCCGAUCUGGCGAUCCGCAUCAGUUGUUCACUGUAGAACCUGAUACCGGACGUAUACUUGUAGGGCGAAUGCUUGAUGCAGAUGUAUCACGAUCGAUUCUUUUGAAUGUCCAGGCACGAAUGAAUGGCGGUGGAACAAAUUACAGUCAAGUUUUGAUUGAUAUGACUGAUGUGAAUGACAACGAUCCAGUGUUUGCCAUGGAUAGGGUUGAGGUGAACGUUCCAGAAGACUUCCCAAUCCAUACACCGUUUUUUGCCGUGCACGCUACUGAUGCAGAUUAUGAAAAGAAUGGUGAGAUUACCUAUUUCAUCGUGUCUACACAUCCACUCUGUCCUGUUUCCGUGCGUCCGUUAACUGGUGAGUUGAUGCUGACAGCAAAUUUGGACUAUGAAGCAGUACGAAACUAUCAGCUUGUUAUCCGCGCGAAAGAUCGUGGAAUCCCUCCCCGAUCAAGUGACAUAACGGUCAUCAUCAAUGUGGCGGACGCCAAUGAUAACGCACCAGUUUUUGAAGCUCAGCACUAUGUAGUAAAAGUACCUGAAGAUAUCCAAAUUAUGGCUGAAAUUUUUACAAUUAAAGCAAUUGAUGCUGAUGCUGGUGAAAAUGCACGUGUUCGUUACAAGAUUUCGGGCGAAAAUGACGAUUUCGGAAUUCAUUCGUCUUCUGGGCGUAUUUUUGUGAAGAACCCCUUGGAUCGCGAACGUAAAGGCGUAUACAAUUAUACAAUAAGUGCGAUGGAUCACGGCGAACCACAGCUUUCUUCAAACGCUACUUUGGAAAUAGUCUUGCUUGAUAUCAAUGACAAUUCGCCAAGAUGCAUUAACACAUCUACUUUCGUAUUCAAUGAUAAUAUGGAAGUUGGAGAAGUCUUCGGUACUUUACGUGCUAUUGAUCCAGAUGAUGGCGAGAAUGGGACCGUUACAUACCGACUUCAGAAUUCCGAUCUCAAUUUUGACAUAAAUAAGCAAGGUGAAAUCAGCUUAAAACGCAAGAUGCCACAAAUGGAAGCCAUAAAGGAUUACCGCCUCUCAGUAAUUGCAUCUGAUAACGGAAUGGAAACUCGUUCUACGGUAUGUCAAAUAAAAAUUGGCUUUGAACGAGUGCAGUCCAAAGUGGUUUUUCACGAGCCACUAAACAAAUAUAUU